AUGCCACCCAAGAGAAAGACCGAUAGCGCGCUCGGUGCGCCAUUACACGGGGCUCGAAAACCCAUCCCGAAGACUUCCGCAGUGCGCAAAGCAUCUGCUAAAGAUGGGGCGUCACUCGACGAGCGUACCGCCCAAGACUCAUUAGCCGGGCAGACCCUGAAGGAAACCCUUAAGACUGGAAGACAGUCCCGAAGACCUCAUCACCAUGCAGACAGCUUCGAUGCGGCGCUGGAACCUUUCUACUAUGAUAAAUCCCUGACCGAUCCUAUCGAUACUGCACGAGACAAAUGGAACUUGCUCCCAGCUUUCCUGAAGGUGAAAGGGCUGGUCAAACAACAUGUGGACUCAUUCAAUCACUUUGUUGACGUCGAGUUGAAAAAGAUCAUCGAUGCUGAACCGAUCAUUACGAGCGACAUUGAUCCAAGAUUCUACGUCAAAUACGAAAACAUUUACAUUGGAAAGCCCUGCAGGAAUGAUGAGAUGGACAAAUUUCAACUGAAAGAAUUCAGGGAAUCGACUGUCACCCCAAACGAGUGUCGUCUCCGCGAUCUUACAUAUGCAGCUCCAAUCUUGGUCGAUAUCCGAUAUACAAAGACCAAAGAUGCAUGGCGUCACAAGGCAGUACCAAUCGGGCGCUUGCCAGUGAUGUUGCGGAGCAACAAAUGCGUUCUCGCCAACAAGUCGGAAGCCGAGAUGUGCGCUAUGGAUGAAUGCCCCUUGGACCCUGGAGGUUAUUUCAUUGUCAACGGCACUGAGAAGGUCAUUCUAGUCCAGGAACAGCUCAGCAAGAACCGCAUCAUCGUCGAAGCCGAUACUAAGAAAGACCUGAUCACUGCCUCGGUCACUAGCUCCACCCAUGCGAGAAAGUCAAAGAGCUAUAUCGUCCUCAGGAAGGACCUCUUGUAUAUGAAACACAACAUUCUCAAGGAGGACAUACCCAUUUGUGUCCUGUUGAAGGCAAUGGGUGUUUCGUCGGAUAUGGACAUGAUGAAUAUCGUUGCUGGCCUCGAUAGGAACCUACAAGACGACUUUGCCAUCAACUUUGAAGAAACGAUCAAAACACAAAUUCACACGCAACAACAGGCUUUAGAAUACAUCGGAGCACGCCUCAAGAUUACCGCAAAGUCGACUCCCUUCGGACAAGCUCGCAGAAAUUUUGUUCAGGAAGCUGUCGAGGCCAUCAGUUCCGUCUUCAUAGCUCAUGUCCCGAUCGAGGAUCUCAACUUCAGACCAAAGGCCCUUUACGUAGCCCAUAUGGCACGUCGCGCCCUGAUGGCAAAGCGAAACCCGGGCUUAGUCGAUGAUCGAGAUUACGUCGGCAACAAGCGGCUGGAGCUGGCUGGACAAUUGCUGUCUCUUCUCUUUGAGGACUUGUUCAAAAAGUUCAAUUACGACGUCAAGCAGAAAAUCGACAAAGAAUUGAGGAAACAGAAUAAAACCGCCUUGGUAGACCCUGUCAGGAUCAUGGUUGGAGCACAAGGCAAUAUCACUCAAGGCAUGAACAGAGCAAUCGCGACGGGCAAUUGGAACUUGAAGCGAUUUCGCAUGGACAGAGCUGGAGUCACCCACUUGCUCAGUCGACUGAGCUUCAUCGCCUCCCUCGGCAUGAUGACCCGCAUAUCGAGUCAAUUCGAGAAGACACGCAAAGUCAGCGGCCCGCGGGCCCUCCAACCAUCAUCUUUCGGCAUGCUUUGUCCUGCAGAUACGCCUGAAGGUGAAGCCUGUGGUCUGGUGAAGAACCUAGCUUUGAUGACACACAUCACCACAGAUGACGAAGAGGCACCGAUCAAACGACUCAUCUUUAUGCUAGGUGCUGAAGACAUAGUCACCGUCGGCGGAUCCGAACUCUACUCUCCUGGUUCGUACCUCGUGCUGUUGAACGGCACUCCUGUAGCCGCCACUCGGCAACCCUCUCACUUUCUUUCUUCGUUUCGACGGCUCCGCAGAUCAGGACGAAUCUCCGAGUUCGUGUCCAUUUUCAUCAACCAUCACCACAACACAAUCCAAGUGGCAACAGAUGAAGGUCGGAUAUGCCGGCCCUUGAUCAUCGUUGAGGAUAAGAAGUCCAAGGUCACCAAGCGGUACUUGAAGUCCCUCAGGCAGGGUUCAAUGGACUUUGACGACUUCCUCGCCCGCGGUCUUGUUGAGUAUUUGGACGUCAACGAGGAGAAUGAUAGCAAUAUCGCCAUGUAUGAAUCUGAUAUCUCCGCAACGACUACUCACUUGGAGAUUGAACCUUUUACGAUCCUCGGAGCCGUUGCGGGGCUCAUUCCGUAUCCCCAUCACAACCAGUCGCCUCGAAACACCUAUCAGUGCGCCAUGGGAAAACAAGCUAUCGGGUUCAUUGCUAACAACCAGUUCUUGAGGAUUGAUACAUUACUUUAUCUUAUGGUCUAUCCUCAGAAACCCCUAGUGAAGACCAGAACCAUCGAACUGGUGAAAUACGACAAACUCCCAGCUGGCCAAAACGCGACAGUGGCCGUCAUGUCAUAUAGCGGGUACGAUAUCGAAGAUGCCCUCGUCCUCAACAAAGCAUCGGUUGACCGCGGCUUUGGCCGCUGCCAGGUUCUUCGAAAGUAUCCUGUCAGCAUCAAGACUUAUGCGAAUGAGACAAGCGACAUGGUCUACCCACCCACCAAGAAUAGUGACGGCACCGUAGCCAAGGGUCAUGCUCUGCUUGAUUCAGAUGGUGUCGCGUCUGUCGGCGAGAAAGUCAGUAGCGGCGAGAUCUACGUCAACAAAUAUGUCCCCAGGAACGCCAACUCUUCAGGCUUGUCAGAGAAUGGCUCCGAUAGUCCUCGCACUUUUGGAAUGGAUCCACAACCACAGAAAUAUCGUCUUCCAGACCCGAGUUAUAUUGACAAAGUCAUGGUGACCGAAGCCGAACCUGGCCAUCAAAUUAUCAAAGUGCAAACGCGGCAGACACGGGUCCCUGAAGUUGGCGACAAAUUCUCUUCCAGACACGGGCAGAAAGGUGUGGUGGGAAUUAUUGCCGAGCAAGUCGACAUGCCCUUCUCAGAUCUUGGUAUUACGCCGGACAUUAUCAUGAACCCUCACGGUUUCCCCUCUCGAAUGACAGUUGGUAAAAUGUUGGAGCUUGUGUCUGGAAAAGCUGGUAUUCUCAAAGGAAAAUUCGAGUACGGCACCGCAUUUGGUGGUAGCAAGCUCGAAGAUAUGUCAAGAGCCCUGAUUGAAGCAGGCUACAGUUACGAUGGCAAGGAUUAUCUCACCUCUGGAAUUACUGGUGAACCCCUCCCUGCUUACGUCUUUACUGGACCCAUCUACUAUCAGAAACUCAAGCAUAUGGUUCAAGACAAGAUGCAUAGUCGUUCUCGUGGCCCGCGAGCCAUUCUGACACGCCAACCUACAGAAGGACGUUCUAGAGACGGAGGUCUGCGAUUGGGAGAAAUGGAACGUGACUGCCUCAUCGCAUAUGGUGCGUCACAACUGCUUCGCGAGCGCUUAAUGUUAUCGAGCGACCAACAUCAAGUGGACGUCUGUGAGAACUGUGGCUUCAUGGCCUUUGCACGAUGGUGUCAGCGGUGCAGCAAAGCAGGCGAAUCGGGAUCGAACGUGGUCAGAAUGACUCUGCCAUACGCAUUCAAGCUCUUGCUGAACGAACUUGGGAGCAUGAAUGUCAAUACGAGAUUGAUUGUGUCCGAUGAGUUUCCUGCCGACGGCUCGAGGCGGGCAUGA